GGUCUUUAUGGGGCUGGAAACUCAGAUAUCUAAGACCCAGAGAAGCCCUCGAUCUGCUGCAACAAGCAGCUGCUGUGCUCCAGGAUCAGCUCUAUUCAGGGAGGACCCAUCAGCCAGUAGAGGACCUGGUGUGGCUGCCAGUUGCCUGCUUCAUUUGCCACCCAAAGACUCAGAGGACCCCAGGAUCAUUUAUGUGUGGCCUGCUAGAGGGAGUAAGGGAAGGCCAGACCCUGAGAGGCCUAUGGACUUGCAGGCUGCCAUGCAAUGGGCUGGGCUGGGAGUCCAACGUACAGAGCCUGGAACCCGUCACCACCGCUUCAUUCAGAGAAAUCUGACUGGAGCUGGCAGAGGUCAAGGACAACCAGGGACUUCCUGUGGUACCCAAAAGAUCCAGCAGCCAAAGAAGCAAACGGUACAGCCACGCAGCAGUCGGAGGCGGCUCCUGCUACGUGCCCUAUACGCUGUCGCCACCUGCUGGGAAAAGCUCUUUGCACUAAGUGCCAUGGCUACCCGUGAAUUCUAGCGUUGUCCCUGUUCUCACUCUCCUUACAGAAGAUUGGAAACAAACUGAUUCGUGUUUUGGUAACACCCUCUCAGCUCAGAUUGCCUGUACUCAAAGAUCCAGGAUAUGUAUACACCCAUUGAGGCCCCAAUAAAUGGAGCUAAUGAUGUGAACCGA